GUUGCAAAACAGUCAUAGUUACAGUAAAAUGAAUAGAUUCAAUUCCUAUUCGAGGGAUUACGACAGCUUUGCGAUCGAAAAUAAUACAGAAAUAAGAAAAUAACCAUCUGAAGCUGGACUAUCGAUAUGACUGUACGAUUGAAUUGUAAUACACUCGAGAAUCAUUGUAACGGAGGCUUUAGAUUCGCAAGGAUAUUAUAUACAUAUAUGUCUCACUGACUUCGGAGUGCUUCGGGCUUCGGGUAAUUCCGUCAACGCGAUUCGGGUUCGGCACAAUACUUACUGAUAAAUGGUAGAAUAUCUGGAAAUCACAAGCAUAUGUAGUUGAAGUCGGUAACAUUUCUUAACCUUUCUUUUAUUUCUUCUAAACUUGAGAUUUUUCAUCGUAAAUAAUAUUUAUCGCUAAAUAAUAUUUAGUUUACGUAUUUUAUAUAACUGUGCAUAUAAUAUAACCGCAGUAAUUGUGAUAAUAAUCGUUACUUGAAUUAAGUGAUGAGAAAGAAAAAAACAGUGAUAAUUCUUUAUUAUUUUAACGGUGCGUUUUGGUGCAAGUAUUUAAGAAAAAGAUAUAUCAGUUAUGUACACAUACUAUAUUGAGAUUGUAGACUAGAAUUGUGUUUUAUUAAAAUUUUAUAGAAAAAUUUAUCAAAAUGUCUAUUGAAUUGGUUGAGGUUGCGUCUAAAGAUAUAACUUGUACAACAUCACAAGAUUCUGAAUAUGACGACACUUUGGAGAUACCUGAUUCAUUAGAAAUAAUAGUUGAUGAGAAUGGAAAGACAAUACAAAUUUCUAAAGAAAAAAUAGAAUGUACAGAUAAUAAAGAAGAAACUUGUGGCAUGGUACCCUUCAGUGUUAUACAUAAUUUAAACUUUAAAAGUCAAAAUUAUAAUGUGUUUAUUCCUGGUGAAAAAAUACAAGUAAAAAUUAUAAAUAAUGAACGCAGUGUGACUACACAUCCUUUGAAUCCAAAUCUAUAUACUAUAGAAUUUAAACAUGGACCUUUUGUCUGGAUUAUUAAAAAGCGAUACAAACAUAUUCAAUAUUUGCAUAAUCAAUUGAAAAUAUAUCGUGCUAGUUUGAAUAUACCUUUCCCUACAAAAAGUCAUAGAGAGAGGAGAAAUAGCAUAAAGAAUCUUGGAACUAAGAAUGAAAAAAAAGGAAGACAAAAAAAUGCUUUGCCAAGAUUUCCUAAUAAGCCUGACAUUUUAGUACCUUAUGAACAGUUAAAUCAUAGAAAAAGGGAAUUAGAAGAUUAUUUAUAUAAUUUACUUAACAUAGAAAUAUACAGACGUCAUCCUGAGACUAUCAAUUUUUUGGAUAUUUCACGUUUGUCUUUCGUGAUAGACUUAGGAAUGAAAGGGAAAGAAGGUACAAUUUUGAAACGGACUGGAUCAGGUGCUAAAACCAGAUGUAAUUUUUGUGGUUUGUUUGAAUGUGGCUUCUGUAUCAAAUGCAAUUAUCUGUGCACCUCACUUUGUGGCAAAUGGCAUAAGAGACAUCUCAUCGUUAAAGAAACUUUUGUGGCAUAUCUUACUCGAGAUGGAAAAAUAAAAUCUGUUAUUUUGAUGGAUAAUGGUUUUGGGAUCAGUUUUGGAAUAUAUAGUACAGGUUCACGAAGUGGAAUACAGAUUGCAAAUUUGAGUAGGCACAUAGUUAUCAAAUGUUGGACAAAACGAAAAGCUAAGGAAUGGAUGGAGUUUAUACAAGAAAUUAGUAACAGAGAAGGUAAAGAUUUUAUACAAACAAACCCACAUAAUUCAUUUGCUCCGUAUCGUUCAUCUAUAUUUGCAACUUGGUUUGUGGAUGGAGCCGAUUAUAUGACUGCUGUGGCUGAUGCAUUAGAAAACGCCAAAGAGGAAAUUUUUAUUGCAGAUUGGUGGCUUUCACCAGAAAUUCAUAUGAAAAGACCAAUGCAUAAUGGAGAUUAUUGGCGGUUAGAUAAAAUUUUACAAAGAAAAGCAUUUGAAGGUGUCAAGAUAUUCAUAUUGAUAUAUAAAGAAAUUGAAGUUGCUUUAGGUAUAAAUAGUUACUACAGCAAACAAAGACUUGUGGAACAAUGCCCUGAAAAUAUAAAAGUCUUGAGACAUCCAAAUCAUGCAAGAGCGGGCGUUUUUCUUUGGGCUCAUCAUGAAAAAAUCGUAGUCGUUGAUCAAUCUCUAGCGUUUCUUGGUGGUAUCGAUUUAUGUUAUGGUAGAUGGGAUAAUAGUGAACAUAGAUUGAUAGAUUUAGAAUCCAUUCAUCAAUCGAGUAUUUACAUUCCUUCGAAAGAUAAGUUAACUAAUACUAGCAGUAAAAAGGUAUCAACUUGUAAUACAGAUAAACACGUAUUACUAUCACUAGCGAUCGCAACGAAUACUAUUGCUAUGGUAACCGCGAGAUCCAUGCCUCUGUUACCAAUGAUACAUAUGGAUAACAAAACACAAAAGGUUCAAACAUCAACAGAUUUGUUAAUAGAUAAUUCAUUUUUUAUGUUGCAAGAAAAAGAAAAUAAUGUAAAAUGUAAUACUCCCGAAUUACAAAGAAAAAAUAUAUUUGAUAUGGCGAAAACAACUGUCGAUAAAGUGAAAAACACCGUACGAGAAAAAAGACAGGAAUUAAUUGAUAUAAUGUAUAGUUCUCACGAAGAAGGUGCCAAUGAAGAUGUUGAUAAUGAAGAGAUAUCGCAAUCUGAAGAUACAGUAGAUUAUGUCUGCAAUUUAAAACCUACUACAAAAUUGUGGCUUGGUAAAGAUUAUACAAAUUUCAUUGUUAAAGAUUUUAACGAUCUUGAAAAACCAUAUCAAGAUCUGAUAGAUAGAACUACUACUCCGAGAAUGCCAUGGCACGAUAUAGGAAUUUUAGUGCAGAAUUCUGCUGCUAGGGAUGUAGCCAGACAUUUUAUACAACGUUGGAAUGCUGCCAAAUUAGAAAAAGCAAAUCAAAAUCCAUGUUAUCCUUACUUACUACCAAAAUCAUACAAACAUUGUAGGAGUUAUGCUCCAUUUAUCAAAGAAGUAAAUAAGUACAAUGUCAAGUGUCAAGUAUUGCGAUCAGUGAGUUCUUGGUCGACUGGUUUCCUUGAUCCGGAAACUGUAGAGCAGAGCAUACAAGAAGCUUAUAUCCACGCCAUCAGUAAAGCUGAAAGGUAUAUAUACAUAGAAAAUCAAUUUUUUAUAACGCUUGCCUCCAUGGAUAAAAGUAAUGUAAAAAAUCGAAUUGGUGAGACAUUAUUAAAAAGAAUCUUGAGAGCGCAUAGAGAAGGGUCGGUGUUCAGGGUAUUUGUCGUAAUGCCUUUAUUACCAGGUUUUGAAGGAGAAGUUGGGGGACCAAGCGGAACAGCAUUACGGGCGAUAACACAUUGGAAUUAUGCUUCUAUAUCGAGGGGAAAGGAUGCUAUUCUAAAUCAACUUAUAGAAGCAGGUAUAGAAGAUCCUAGUGAAUACAUUACAUUCCAUGGUUUGAGGACACAUUCCAUGUUAAAUGGUACAAUGAUAACAGAACUUAUCUAUGUUCACAGCAAACUAAUAAUAAUAGAUGAUAACACAGUAAUCUGUGGAUCAGCUAAUAUAAAUGAUAGAAGUAUGGUUGCUACAAGAGACAGCGAAAUAGCCGUAAUAAUUCGUGAUCAAGAAUUUGAAGAUGGAUGCAUGAAUAAUAUACCUUUUCUUUGUGGCAAAUUUGCUUCUUCUUUAAGAAAACAAUUAUUCCGCGAACAUUUGGGACUAUUAAAAACUAAAGAAGAUAUCAACAUCGAUGACGCUAUUAUUAAAUCCUUUUACAAGGACAUAUGGUGCGCUAGAAGCAAACAAAAUACAGAAAUAUACGAAGAAGUAUUUCAGUGUAUUCCCACUGAUAAAGUAGUUAAUUUAUCUAUGCUGAAACAAUAUCAAGAUAAAAUACCUAUCUCAUUAUCUGAACCAUUAUUAGCACAAGAAAUAGUGGAAAAUAUUAAGGGUCACUUGGUCGAUUUUCCAUUACAUUUUUUAUGCAAUGAAGAUUUAAAACCUGCCGCUGUUACGGUAGAAGGAAUGAUGCCAACUGCGUUAUGGACUUAAGUAUGUGAUAUCAUGAACGACAAUGAAGUUUUAAAAAAUUUAUUGCAUUUGAGUACCAAUUAAGAAUGUUAUUAAUACAUAAAUGGAAAAGAUAUCUAUUAAUAUAUAAUACAA